UCUUGAGACAAUAUUAUGUUUUUGAGAGUCACCCAUAUUGUUGCAAGUAGCUACAAUCUAUGGUUGCAAAGCUUUAUAUUUAUAUAUUUAUAUUGCAUUGUGAAUAUAUCACAGUUUUUUUAAAAAUCCAUUCUAGUUUUGAUGACCUUUGGGCUGCUGUGUUUUCUGUCAUGCACACUGCUGCUCUGAACAUUCUUGUGCAUAUCUCCUGGUACAGGUGUACAAGAGCUGCUCUAGGCGUGGAAUUUCUGAGUCAUGGUGUAGAAACAUGUCUAUGCUACCAAGAUAAUUCAAAAUUGUUUUCCAAGGUGGAUGUUCUCCUUUGGAAAGCUCCCAUCAUCACUGGCUGUUUUGAUGCCCUAUAUCCUUGCCGGCAGUCUAAUUUGUUCAACUUACUAAUUUUUACCAGUCUGGUCGAUGUAAAAUGGCAUUUUCUUGUAGUUUUGUUUACAGGAUUGCCGGAGAGACUGAGAAUAUUUUCAUAUGUUUAUUGGCCAUUUGUCUUUCCUCUUCUUGAAGUGGCUAUUCUGGGAUAACUCUCUGGUGGGGAGUAAGGGCACAGACCUCAGAGCCUGGCCCUCAAGGACAGAAGUCCCAGCCUAGAGUUUAGCUUCUCAGGUAUUUCGAUGGCUGAGUAGAGGCCCUCCUGGCCACCUGCGUCCCACCUUAUUCAGUGGCUCUCCCUCAAAACGACUGUCAGGUGGUCUUUAUCUCAAGACCAGCUCCACACGGUCUAGUUAAGCAGCAAACACGUGUAGGAGCUCAGGAUCCACGCACUUCACGACCCCGCAGUCUGGUAGAGAAAACCGUCAACCUUCCUGCCCCGCCGCCAGCGCCGUGCUGCAGGCUGCUCACACCAAAGAUGCUGCUUAGGACUCUCCACUGGACACCCCCGUUAUUACACAAGUUCCUUCUGUUAUUAGUCUAUCCUCAUGUGUUAUUACCACAUGAGACCUUGGGUCAGCAAGUACUGAGCUAGGUGCUAGAGACAGAAACAGGAAAAGACCAUCAGGCCCACCACUCAGCCCAGACAGCGGACUGGGCCCUCCGCCCGCAAGGAGCUCUGCACGGGUUUCCCUCCGGCCUCCGCGUAGGCCCCACCCCACACCUCCCAGACUGCUUCCCUCGCGAUGAGGUGCAGGAUUUGGUCCCCAGGUCUCAGCCUGUGGGGCGCGCAUCAUGUAACCGCGUCGGGCGGAAGGGGCGGAGCCGAAUGGCCGUGACGCUGCGUGGUCGCCUAGCAACGUCCCAAUUCGGAGCGAUGGAGGCCAACAGCAGCAGGGAGCUCGAAGCCAGGAAUUAUUUGGAAAAACAUCGGAUUAUGGAGUUGCUGACCUAUCUCGCCAGCGCCCUCCUCUUUUUCCGGCCGGGUUCUCUUAAAUGUUUUCUUGGAACCUUGACAAUGGAGAUGACAGAUAUGACGGGUGUGUCAUUGAAACGGGGGUCCGUUGCCGUGGAAGAUAAUGACAGUGUGGCCCCAGGUGAGGCAAAGAGACAGAAGGUCUCAGAAUGCUGUCCGACCAAAGGUCAAGACGGGCUAGAGAACAACUCUCUACCCAGCGGUGAAACGGUGCCUGGGCCACCCGAAACGGCCGGAGAGGGUAAAAAGAAUUCUGACCCCCAGUUGGAGGAGGAGGGGGAGGAAGAUGGCCUUUCAGAGGAGGGGGAGGAGGAGGAAGAGGCAGAGAGCUUCGCCAGCAUGAUGAAGCACGGGCUCACCGAGCUGGAUGUGGGCAUCACCAAGUUCGUGAGUUCUCACCAAGGAUUCUCAGGAAUCUUAAAAGAAAGAUAUUCUGACUUCGUUGUUCACGAAAUAGGAAAAAAUGGACAGAUCAGCCAUUUGAGUGACUUGUCUGUCCCAGUAGAUGAAGAGGAUCCUUCAGAAGAUGUAUUUACGGUUUUAACAGCUGAAGAAAAGCAGCGUUUAGAAGAGCUCCAGCUUUUUAAAAAUAAGGAAACCAGUGUUGCCAUCGAGGUUAUUGAGGACACCAAAGAGAAAAGAACCAUCAUCCAUCAAGCGAUUAAAUCUCUGUUUCCAGGAUUAGAAACAAAAACAGAAGAUAGAGAGGGGAAGAAAUAUAUUGUAGCCUAUCAUGCAGCUGGAAAAAAGGCUCUGGCAAAGGUCAGAACUGCAGCAGAUCCAAGAAAACAUUCUUGGCCAAAAUCUAGGGGAAGUUACUGCCACUUUGUACUGUACAAGGAAAACAAAGACACCAUGGAUGCUAUUAAUCUACUGUCUAAAUAUUUAAGAGUCAAGCCAAACAUAUUCUCCUACAUGGGAACCAAAGAUAAAAGGGCCAUAACCGUUCAAGAGAUUGCUGUUCUCAAAAUAACUGCACAAAGACUUGCCCACUUGAAUAAGUGCUUGAUGAACUUUAAGCUAGGGAAUUUCAGCUAUCAGAAAAACCCUCUGAAAUUGGGAGAGCUUCAAGGGAAUCACUUCACUGUUGUCCUCAGAAAUAUUACUGGAACUGAUGACCAAGUGGAACAAGCCAUGAACUCUCUCAAGGAGAUUGGAUUUAUUAACUACUAUGGAAUGCAAAGGUUUGGAACCACAGCCGUCCCCACAUAUCAAGUUGGAAGAGCUAUACUACAAAAUUCCUGGGCUGAAGUCAUGGAUUUAAUAUUGAAACCCCGUUCUGGAGCUGAAAAGGGGUACUUGGUUAAAUGCAGGGAGGAAUGGGCGAAGACCAAAGACCCAGCCGCUGCCCUCCGAAAACUACCUGUCAAAAGGUGUGUGGAAGGGCAGCUUCUCCGAGGACUUUCAAAAUACGGACUGAAGAAUAUAGUCUCUGCAUUUGGCAUAAUACCAAGAAAUAAUCGCUUAAUGUAUAUUCAUAGCUAUCAGAGCUAUGUGUGGAACAACAUGGUGAGCAAGAGGAUUGAAGAGUACGGACUGAACCCUGUCCCGGGGGACCUUGUUCUCAAAGGAGCUGCAGUUACCUGUAUUGGGGAAGACGAUGUUAAUAAUUACUCCAUCCAUGAUGUGGUAAUGCCCUUGCCUGGUUUUGAUGUUAUCUACCCCCAGCAUAAAAUUAGUGAAGCCUACAGGGAAAUGCUCACAGCGGACAAUCUUGAUAUUGACAACAUGAGACACAAAAUUAGAGAUUAUUCCUUAUCAGGGGCCUACCGAAAGAUCAUUAUUCGUCCGCAGAAUGUCAGCUGGGAAGUCGUUGCAUAUGAUGAUCCUAAAAUUCCACUCUUCAACACAGAUGUGGACAACCUAGAAGGGAAACCACCACCAGUGUUUGCUUCUGAAGGCAAAUACAGAGCUCUGAAGAUGGAUUUUUCUCUCCCUCCUUCUACCUACGCGACCAUGGCCAUUCGCGAAGUGCUAAAAAUGGAUACCAGCAUCAAGAACCAGACCCAGCUGAAUACCACCUGGCUCCGCUGAGGCCUUUGUCUCCAGAUUAGAAAAUGCAGACACGUUUGCUGGCUUCCUGUUCAUUUUCCUCUUAGUACAGACCCCUAUGUGGAUUUUGGAUCUUUGUACUAAAAAAGCUAUUUGUAUUUUUCCAAGUUUUUAUUAGCUUAAUUUGCAAUAUUUGUACAUACAUACAAAUUUUGAGGAUCCUAAUUCUAGCUCAGAGAAUAUCAGUUGGUUAGAAUAUAUUUCAGGUGCUUAAAUCAUAGUAAAACGUCAGCUUUACUGGCUUUAUAAUCAUUUAAAGGAAUUUGGUUUAAAGUAGCAGUUUUAGGUUUUGCUACAUUCUUCGAAGGACAACAGUAAUUUUUUUUUUUUUUUUUUGGCAACAGUAAUUUUUAACGCAUCCAUGAAUGGAGUACAUAGCAAUGGAUUUUAAGAGAAAACAAAACAAAUCUUGGCUAUGGAUAAAUAAUUAGAGUGAGCCUUCCCCCUAGAACCUGUGAAUAUAAAUAACAGUACUCAUGCUUGUUUAAAUGGUGAUAAAACAUCCACAAGUUUAAAAACACAAAGUGAUUGUCAUUAUCCGGCUCAUGAACCAGGUUCAGGUAAGUGUUUAUAGACUUUUCAGUUGCAAUAGCUUUUGCAUUUAUUAUUAUCAUUGGCUUGCAGGAGAGUUGCAUCAAUAGGGCUUUUUGUUUCUUGAUGUAAACAUGUGCACCUCUUUUUGUUAGUUAAGGUCUAAUUUUUAUUCUAGGUGCCUUUUAUGUUCAGAACUCCUUCCACUGGACUGAUUGAUAUCUGCCCGAAAAUAAAUGAUAGAGAAGAAAGCUUUUGAAAACUUACAAGGGCUCCUCCUAUCAACAGCAUUAUCCUUUGUUAUUCACGGCUUAGGUAUUUCCAGUUCUGGCCAUGCAUAAAACUUUGCUCUGGUGUGAAAGCAUAAAUAUGCCUUCCCAAAGGUGUGUGACGUAAUUGUACCAUCAUUUCUAGAACGAAAUAUAAUAAAUAUUUUAAAACACU